CAAACUGACCCCUUCCCCGCUGUCGUAAUGCGUCCCUGACAAACCUCACGUUUUUUCCCACUGUGACCUCGGACUGUCGUAUGCACGCCUCUUAGCAUUAGCUUUGAUGAAAGUCCGUGGGAAGCCUUCAGAAACGCACUGAACGCACUGUCGGCUUCACGGGGUUUUUCAGCGACCUUUUCCCCGCAGCGCGCACAACUGCUGAUCCAGGGCCGACAGAGAGGAGCGGUCGAGCAGGAAACAUGCCCGUAAUUGAAGAGCUUUCCCCCGCUUCGGGCCCGGUGUCCACCCGGCCCCCCGAGGACGAGAUUGACGACGACGAAGAUGAAGAUCUGGAUGAGACGCUGAUGGAGAGGUUGUGGGGCCUGACGGAGAUGUUCCCCGACACGAUUCGCACUGCUGCUGAGUUGUCUGCAUCAUGCUCUGUCUCACUGGCCAAGACGUUUUACAGUUUUUCCCGCUCGGCACUCUGGGUCGGUACUACCUCCUUCAUGAUCUUGGUGCUGCCUGUUGUAUUUGAGACAGAGAGACUACAGCUGGAGCAGCAGCAGCUACAACAGCAGAGACAGAUCCUGUUGGGGCCCAACACUGGAAUGUCCGGUGGGAUGCCGGGCAUGAUGCCUCCUGCGCCUGGCAAGAUGUGAGACACGGAAAGGGCCGACAUGAACCUGAGAUCUGCUGCUAAGCGAUACAGCGGGGCCGGUCAAAAGGAGAGACAGAGAGACCGUGGAGAAGGGCAAAGAGCUGCAGUUUAAAAGAAAAGGGAAGCAAAAGCCGGCAUGAAAGACCCACUCCAACAUAUUGGAUUGGCUGAUGGGAUUGGAGGAGGGUGUGAUGCGUUUUCUAACACUUCUCUCUCGCUGUCUCUCCUUACUCCAACAUCACGCAGAGACUUAUUUCCAGGAGCACAGCUUCUAUUUUCAUUUUCAUUUUUUAAAUAAAUCGGCAAUCGACAUGAAUAAUUUGUUCUUUAGGGCAUAGCAGGUAUAAGUGGAUAAAUUGAAAGCAGAAAGGUUACCAAUUGUAUGUCUUGGUGUUUGCAGCCUGAAGAACAUUGCUAUAUUUGCAGUAUUUUAGCAGUUUUGUCCACCAUCAUCUAACAGAGGUCUAAUGCAUUGUGAACCACACUGUAAACGCUAUUAUAGAUAUGUGGUCUACUGGACGGCCUCUUGAAGUUCAACAAGCUAAAUCUCACUAUUUUCUAUGUGGCCCAUUCCUAUUGGUACAUAUGUCACAGUUCAAAGUUGGGCGAUCUACAGUGUGUAUGUCAGAGUGCAAUGUCUCUCACUUCAGUUAUUGGAUUGAAUAUAUUGCUCGAGAGUUUUAAGCAACAGAUUGUAUAAUGCAGCAACACCAGAUUCCAUGGUGUUAAAUUAUUCAAAGAUUGUUGGGUCCUUUUUUCUUUUGAUAGUAUGUGAAGAGUGAAAUUAUAUUAUCAUUGAAGAGACACAUGUCAUACGGUUUUUGACAAAUGUUAUGGUGGUGGACGGAAGUUUUAUGCUAAAUAUCUCAAUACUGUCCCGACAUGUCCUUUUCUCUUCUCUUUUGCCAUCCAUGUGAAUUUACAAUCUCUUUCCUCUUUUCAGUAAGCAAGCACAUUCAUGACUGGUAAUUAAAACACCAAAUAAAAUGGGAAGCUAAGUGUUUACUUUCAA